AUGGCUAUGGUCGAUCGUUAUGCUGGAUUAUUUAAAUUAAAAGUUUUUAAAAAUCAGUAUGCGAUAGAGUUUCCUUUACCUACCAGUAAACACUGUAGAGAAUAUGAACGAUUUGCAAGAAGAAUUGUUGAUAACAUGAAUGAUACUCCUACUUGGUUAAUUGGAAUAAGUCUUAAUAAUGCCACAAAACUUGAGCAGGUGUAUUCCAAACCAUCAGUAAAAUAUAAUCGCCCAAUAGGUGUUGAUGAACCACAACUACCAAAAAGUACUAUUGUGCGAUUCUUACUUGCUAAAAGAGAAUAG